UUCAUCCAGCUCUGCACCUUGUUAUCUACUACAAAUCCAUCAUUUGUUUCUUUAUUUACAACAUUGGCAUUUCGUUUUUGCUUGCACCAUCAACCCUUUUGUUGUUUACUCCUAUCUUCCACCUUUCAUAGGCCUUCCUCUUUGUUUAUUCCCCCUCCAACUUUUCUUGCCUCUGUACUUGCUGUUUGCUUAAAACCUGUUACUUUUGAAUCCUUCCCCAGUUAAAGGUCACUAACCUGAAACACUUCUUUCUGGUGUCUUUUUUGAGUCUUUCAAAAGAUCCUGCCAGACUUGCUGAGUAUUUCCAGGUAUUGUUUCAUGUUUUUAAGCUGUUAAGAUUCCUGCUGUUGGAGACUAUUCAUCGUCAUAGAUAUUUAUUUCGAAAAUUUAUGGACGGGGGAAUUCAGUUUAAACUUUGAAUGUAAAAUAGUAGCUCAGGUUUUUGACCCGGCCGAAAGGAAUAAAGUCUACGAAUCGCAACUCGGUGGUGUUAAGCCGCUCUUGUCUGGGAGGACCUUUUUUCGAUGCUCGUCGUGUUUGGAGGAGUGAAAGAGCGAAGGAGCUGAACCGUCUAUGUACAUUGUUCAUUUCAGUGACCGUCAUUUGGAGCUUUCAGUCCAUUCGUUAUUGACUGUCAAAGGCGCAUAUAAAUCCAACAAACAGAUACACCAAAAAAAAUCCACAAGAUGUUUUUGUGUACAGUGGCUGAGAAGCACAGAAAUAGUCUGUGAAGAUGCCGGAUAAAGAUAAUUUAUUUAACAGUGGUAAUGACGAGGCUGGCCACAGCUCAGAUGAUAUUUGCCGAGACUUCCUGCGCAAUGUCUGCAAACGUGGUAAGCGCUGCAAGUUCUAUCACCCUGAUAUUAAUGAAGUGUCUGACUUGGGCGUAAAGAAAAAUGAAUUUGUCUUUUGUCAUGACUAUCAGAACAAGGAGUGCACUCGCAUCAACUGCAAGUUUAUUCAUGGGACAAAGGAGGAUGAGGAACAUUACAAAAAGUCAGGAGAGCUUCCCCCACGCCUGCGCCUUACAGUGGCUAUGGGUCUUGGCCUUUCACCUUCUGACCUCUCCUUUAAAAAAGGUGAGGUCCCAAUUUGCCGUGACUACUUGAAAGGUGACUGUCAACGAGGAUCUAAGUGUAAAUUCCGGCACUUAAAACGUGAUGAAUAUGAAUAUGAAAACAGAACUUUGGAGAGGUUGUCACGAGACCAAGUGAUUUCUCCUGUAGUGCGUCGAUAUGACCCAUUUGAUGACCUCUAUGAUGCCGAUCGCUAUGCUGAUUAUGACCAUGUUCUAAAGAGACGAAGAGUUGAUGGCUUACGAUUUGAGAGUUAUGAUUUUAAUAUUCCAAAUUCGCGUCCAGUUGACUAUCGGUUUUUAGAGGAGGAGAAUCUCAUGCUUCGAAAGCGUGUUGAGGAACUGAAAAAGCAGAUCUCAAAUUUGAUGGCAACUAAUGAGGUACUUUUGGAGCAAAAUGCACAUUUCCGCAACCAAACCAAGGUGGUCACAUUGACCUCCACUCCCACAGCAACAGAGCAAACGCUAGCAGCACCAACUGUGGGUGCAAUCACCAAUUACAACCAUGGUAUAGCACAGACUCACACCACUUUGAGCAGCCAAGCACUUCAACCACGACCUGUCACCCAGCAAGACCUCGUGGCAACUGCUGGAGCUACUGCUGCUCCACCUACUAAUGCUGCACCAACAGCACAGCAUCUUAAUCCUGAGAUUGCUUCACUUCCUGCAGCGCUCGCCCAGACCAUUGCCCAGGGAAUGGCGCCUCCAGUUUCUAUGGCCCCAGUGGCUGUUUCUGUUGCACCAGUGGCAGUAUCAAUUGCCCAAGCAAUGCCAGGAAUCACUAUUAGCCAUGCCACGACUCCAAUGGUUACUUAUCCAAUUGCAUCACAGAGUAUGAGGAUAACAGCAAUUCCUCAUUGAGAGGUUAUGUGCAGGCUUUAGAAAAGGUUCUGCAUUUCUUUGUUGCUCCCCAUGAUAUGCAUUACAUAAGUAUGCACUCCAGAGUCAAAUAUAAUUCUGACCAGCAUUUAGUUCUCUUUGUGCCUAAAUUAUUUCUCUUCAGUCCAUUGUUAUUUUUAGAUACUUGGUUAACCCUGUCCUGUUUUUAGCGCCCAGCUUGCCAGUCCUCUAAAUCCAUUGUCUAAUGUAACUUAAAAACAGCUGCAGAGGCACUCUCUGGGGCAUUUGCUUCUGAAAGAUUUUGUUAGGAUAAACAAGUCCCUGGGCUGUGGUGCUGCGCAAAAUAUUCAAACUGACUCUGUAUCCCAAGCUUGGCUAUUUGCAUUCUUGACGCAAAAUAAAAUUUCAGAGCAUAUGAAAUUGUAAAUUAACAAAGAAAAAUAAAAGUAUUUUGAAGCUUUUUAUUUGUGGAUAUUGCUGGCGCUGAAUGAUUGCUGCAUUUUCCCAGAUAGUGAUCACUGCACUCCAAAACGUAAUUCUGAAUUCUUUUUCUUUGGGAUGUUUUGAUGUGAUGGGGUUAUAAAUAAUUAUAAAUCAUCCAGAUAUUACAAUUUAACCCUCUCAAUUUUGGAGAUACUCCUUACAUUGCACUGUACCAAAGUGUUUAAUUAACUUGGAAGCCAUUGCGAAGAUUCUGUUUCUUAAUGAACCUAAAGUGUACUUUUAACUUUGUCAUUCUUUAAGCAUUGGAUACCCAGUAUGUAACAUGGACUAUUCAAAUCCUGCCACAGUAAUGGGUUUCAAAGUUUUGUUGUUUGCCAACUGUAAGGAUGAUGCAUGAUCUGAGGUUAAAGAAUCUGAAUUCUGUUUCUGCUGGGAGCCAAUCCAUAACAUAAAACUGUUCACACAUUGGCAGUCUUAUAUUGCCCAGUUGACUGGAAGAAAUGGGAUGGGGAUUACACCGACUCUAGUAGUGCUCUUCUGAGUGUUAAUUAGUGUCACAAUAGAGUGAGUAUUACUCUGCAUCUAUCCUAUCACUGCUUAACUCCCUGAUGCCAUUUGUCCUCAUGUGAAUUCACAAAUAUAAAGGAAAGGAAACUUGUGUUCACUUGGCAGUUGAUGGCAAUUAAGCAAAUGUAAAGUGAAAUUGGAUAAAAAUAGUUUAAAAGAGCAAAUGCCAGUGAUGAUUGCUCUAUAUCUAAUUUGGGUCAGCAACGCAGGAACUGCAAAAUGUUUUGCAAAUUCUUGUUGAACUGGAAUAUAUAGAUUAUAUUUUCACACCAAAUAUUGUAAUUUGUAUACAAAUACAAGAAAUGUAUAACUUGUUCAAUUAAAAUAUACAGAAUAUUAAAAAAAAUACUUUGCACCUGACGCAGCUUAACUGCUGACUUUUUUGGGGCCAGAAUGUAAGUGUUUGCACGCAGUCUUGAAAUAUGCUGAGCCAAACUAUAAUGGACUUCUGUGAGAGAACAUGAAUGUUCACUAUUUUAUUCCUGUUUUUAAAAAAGCAACCUGUAGUCAACUCCAUUUAGAAGCAGGGCUUGCCUUUUGCUGGCCAAUGUCUUCAAAUGAGAAAGAUCUUUAAAAGGUAUUUUGAGCACCAUGUCUUUUUUUUAAUGUAUUGAUUUAACUCCUGGUUGUCCAUAACCAGGAUAGUAGACAACUACAGAAAAUUGAAGUGUAAUGUACUGGACACAAAAAGUCCCAAUGUUCUGAUCCAUUUUAAAAACUUGGUGCAAAUCUUUCUGAAAACCACAUGACGAGCUGACGAUUUGUCUGCAUUUUCUUCAAGCUUGCCAAAAUGAUCUUGCAACACAACUAACAAUGUUAAUGGUAAAAUUGGCUUUUGAUAUUCUGUUAAAGCAGCUUUAUGUAAGUGUGGGUGUUUACUUUAAUUAACUCAGGUGCUUAUUUUGUUGGAAGCGGUGGUGGCUGUAAUAUGGAACCGUAAGGUUGUUCAUACUUGUGCUAUUUAAUCAACUAGUUACUGAGGACAUUUGGCCUUUAAUUGUUGUUUUUCUGUUAACCUUGUCUACAAAUUCUGUAUAGUAGCUGUUUAGUCUUUUGAAAUCUGCUGUAAUGUUUGUCAGGUUCUUGGUGAAUCUGGAAUUCAGAACCAAGGAUCUACGCUGUACAAUUGAAACAAGUUUAAUAGAGCAGAUGUAUUUUCAUUUGUUAUACUUUGUGUACUCUACAGAACUGAAAAUUUCUACUCCUUGUUAUAGCUCUUUAGCUGUGCUGCAAUUUUAUAUUUUGCAGGUGUGAAGGGGGAUUUUCAGAUCACUGGAUAGCCUGUCCCCUGCAUUUCCUCUUUCUUCAUGCUGUAUGUGUAAGCUUCCAGGAAUCCCUGUGACUGAAAAUUUGCCCAAUUAUAAUGUGUAUAUAAUUUAUACUUGCUAAACCAUGAAUAUUUAGGAGCCAUUCCUAGUCAAAGGGAGUCUCAGUUUUAUUAGAUCCAAAUCAAAAUUAUGCAGACUGCCUCUUCACAAAGAGCUCUGAGAACAUGACAGUACAAUAAUGUAUCACAAACCAAUACCACUGUUUCAUGGUCAGCAGUUAAAAUAAUACAAAUACUAGACUUUGCACAGUCUUCAAGGAAUGUUCAAACUAGUCUGUGCUUUUUACUUAUUGUACUAAAAUAGCUGAGUUAAAAUACACACUAUUCAAUGUGCAGUGUGUUCCUGUUGUAUGUGAUGAGCCUGAAUGUAACAAACUUGCAUAAAACUAGAAACUGUACUGGCUGAAUCAAAAUCAAAUUGUAAUUUAUGAUAGUUUGUUUAUACUGCAUUAUAUUUUCAGAUUUGACUUGAUUUAAAGAGUAUCUCCAUGAAUGUAAUUUUGAUGUCAUUCAUGAAAAGUUUACAAUAUUCUGUUUAUAAAUGACUUUCCAUUAAAGAAGCGUAUGUUCCUGCAUCAACAGUUUGAGUAAGAAUACAGGAAUAAUUAGAAGUAGAAACAGGAAUAGACUGUUAGACCCCUUGAACCUUCUGUGUAAUUCACCUAAGAUAAUGGUUGAUCUAAUUCCCCCACCAUCAAUCAAAUGUGUUCUGGAUGUGAGUUUGCUCGCUGGGCUGGAAGGUUAGUUUUCAGACGUUUCGUCACCAUUCCAGGUAACAUCAUCAGUGAGCCUCCGAAGUGUUGGUGUUACGUCCCGCUUUCUAUUUAUCUGGCUAGGUUUCCUUGGGUUGGUGAGAAGGUGC